AUGUCCACUUCCCCUUCCUCACCCGCCCCAACACCAACCAAUCCAACCGCGAACACCAUGACGGCAACUCCUCGCCAGCCACGCCCCCUCGCUCCCCCAGCCCCACGCGAUCUCCGCCUCCCGAGUACGUCCGGAAACAUCAGCGAAGAGGCCUCCAGGUCCCCCGCUGCACCUCCAGCCCCGGGAACCGUCAGCCCCUCCAAGACUCCCACGAAGGCCGCGCCGCGUCCCCUCGCUCCCCCGACUCCCCGGCCGCGCGCCCCGGCCAACCAGGUUCGAUACGCAGCCUACCACUGCGACCUGGUGACGCAGCUCGCCGCCGCCGGCCUCCUGGGCUGGUUCUCGCCCGACGCCGUGGGCCCACCUUCGGGGUCGGUGUCCGACGCGCUGGCCGUCCUCGCCCGGGUAGUCGCCAAGCACUACCCCAUGAUAGACUGGCCGGAGAAAAUCUGCACCCCGGACGGCGACGUGUUCUUCGGCGAUUACAUGGAAGUCCUUGACGAGUUGAUUGGAACGCCAUACAACAUGACGACGAGCACCAUCCCCACCGGCUCCAACUCCGAGGAGACGACCGGCCCCGCCACCCUCAACUCGCUCCAGCUCCACGACCAGGGGGUGAGGGUCACCCGCACCCGGUCCGAAACCUUGCUCCGCUACGGCAACCCGAGUCCCCUCGCCCCUCCGAAGCCCCGUACCCCUCUCCAGACUUCCCACACCGAGCCGGAGCUCCGCCCCUCUACCCCCGAGGCGGCUCCCCAGGCCGUCAUUGAGGCGCUGGUAAACUCGCUCGAGGCGCACGCCGAGUGA